AUGGAUGUAAAAGUAGCGACAACGACGUCUUUUCAUUGGUCAGGAAGCCAUACGGCGAUCCCUCACCAUCCUUGUCUCUCACAAGCCCUAACCUCUUCAAAACGUCGUCGUUCUCGUGCAAGAGGAGAAGGAUCUUCGUUAUCAUCCCAAACGAUGAGAUUGAAAGCUUCCACUUUUCUCAGAACCCAAUCUGGGAAACUCCACAGAUCCAAAUCUUGCGAGCUUCUGGAAUUCUCCACGAAACCUUAUCCUCUGCGGAGAGUUUGCAGCGCGAGCUCCGGUUUCUUCUCCUCCGACGAAGAGUUCUCGGCGAAGAUGCAAGAAUUAGCCCUACAAUUCAAGAAAGAAGAUGACUUUCAUCGAACCCAUGAACCCGAUCGUAUGAAUCACAGGUUCGGAAAUGUGAAGCUACUACUACAAGAGUCUGUUCCAGGUCUAGCUUCUUUAGAAGCUCCAUGGAUUGAGAUGGUUAACCAUUCCAGCAUUGAGCGGAAAGCAAACAGUGUUGAUUUGCCUCUCUCCCUUAGAAUGAUUAAGAGGAAGUUACAAGAAGAGGAGGCGCUUAAAGUUAAAGAAGCUAGAGAGUCUACUUACUGUUCUAUCGACAAAGCCUUCUCUUCUAUGGUCUUUAUGAUUGAGGAGAUGCAUAGCUUUGCGUUGCAGACGAGAGAGGUUGUCUUCUACGAAGGUUGUCUUAAGCAUGUUAAGAAGGAUAUGCACGCUUCGUUGCUGUGGAUUUUCCAGCGCGUGUUCUCUCAGACUCCUACUUUGAUGGUGUACGUGAUGAUUCUGUUGGCUAACUUCACUGUGCAUUCAGUUGCAUCUAAUCUAGCUAUUGCAGCAUCACCCCCAGACUCUGCUGUGAUAGAAGAAGCUACUAAAGGCCAACGGGAAUCAGUUUUAGGACAAGGGAUAAGAGAAGAGGAGCUGAGUCUGUGGAAUUCGAUGGUGGAAGAAGCUGAACAAAUGCAAGAUUCCUCUGUGGAUCGUGACAUGAGGCUGAGACUUGUUUCACCCAUCAUAGCAAGGGUUGCAUUGGACGAUAGUGCUAACUACACUAGAACAGAGCUUUUAUAUAAGUUAAGUUUGGCUCAAGAACCGAACAAUACUUUGCUCUUAGCUAACUACGCUCAGUUCCUUUACCUCGUCUCUCAAGACUACGACAGAGCGGACAAGUGUUUCAAGAAAGCCAUAGAGUCAGGGGAAAUAGACGCGGAAGUGUACAGCAAAUACGCCAUCUUCCAGUGGAAAGUUAGGAAGGAUCUAUGGGCGGCUGAGGAGAACUUUCUAGAAGCUAUAUCUGUAGAUCCUACCAACUCCUUCUACGCUGCCAGCUACGCUAAUUUCCUCUGGCAAACAGGUGGUGAAGAAACGUGUUUCCCUUUGGAAUCUUUUGAUUCUCCUCAAGAAAUCGCUUGA